GGGGGGAGGAGAGAAGGGUUUGCAUCUGAAUCCGGGAAGGGAGCAGGGAGGGCUCCGGAGAUGCCACGGUAGAGAAAAGCCCUGCAUCGGCUGCAGCCGGAUCCCGGGAAGGUUUACUCUCUUGCAAGUGAAUAAAAGGGUCUUUCUGUAGCCAGAGACCAAUCAAGAGAAAGAGGAAGGAGAUGGAAGAAGAGGACCCAGAAGGCCCUGGAAUUGGGAAGAGAUCGAGGACAGGUCCUCAUCCCAUCCAAGCAGGGAGUAGUGUUGAAUUCUGGGGGAAAGCUAUGCCAGAGACCUUGGCUCAGGACACUAUGACCGCAGAUGAACGCAGACAAUGCUUCCGGCAGUUCUGUUACCAAGAGGCCGAUGGGCCCCGAGAGGUUUACAAGCGGCUCCAUGGACUUUGCAAUCACUGGCUGAAGCCGGAGAGACACACCAAGCAGCAGAUCCUGGAUCUGGUGAUCCUGGAGCAGUUCCUGACUGUCCUGCCUCAAGAUAUGCAGAGCUGGGUUAGAGGAUGGGGGCCGGAGACCAGUUCCCAGGCGGUGGUCCUAGCCGAAGGUUUCCUCCUGAGUCAGGCAGAGGAGGAGAGGCAGGCAGAGCAGAUUUGGGAACGAUCCAUGAUGAUGGAAACCAAGUUCUCUGAGGAAGAAGGAGGUCCUCCAUCAGAGAAAGCAGGUGCAGAGGAAUUCCAGGGGCUCUUCUUGGAAAAAGCUGAGAAUGAAGAUGCUGAAGGAAACUUGGAAGAUGGAGAUGGACCACAGAGGCAGGAGGGAAGCCAUACAGCCAGGAAUGAGGAGAAUGAGGGAUUGCAUCCUCCAUCGCCAGAUAAAGUCAAGAAUGAAGGCUUGAGAGAAAGCUUCUGGAAUCAAGGUGGACCUAAGAGGCAGAAAAGAAGCCACGUGCUCAAGAAGAAGGAUAAACCCAUUACUUGCCAAGUGGGGGAUUUCCAAGAAGCCAUUUACAUGGUGAAGGAAACAUGCAAGUGCUUGGUGUGUGGAGUGGACUUCUCAGAUAAAUCCAAAUGUAAUGACCACUUACGAAUGCACAGUGGGAAGGAGAUCCAUCAAUGGCAGGAAUGUGGAAAGACCGUGAUUCACAGAGCAGAGCUCCUUAGAGAUCUAAGGACAUCUAUAGGAGAGAAACCUUAUAGCUGCCCAGACUGUGGGAAGAACUUCUCAGAGAAAUCAGAUUUUGUUCAACACCAAAGGAUUCACUCAGGAGAGGAACUAAUUAUUUGCUCGGAGACUGGAAUGGUGACCUCUAAGGGAGGAAAAGAUAAUGUACAUUUUCCAAAGCAGAGUAUAAUGAAGGCAUGGAAAUGCUUUCGGUGCAGAAAGUACUUCAGACACAGAUCACAGCUCCUUGUGCAUCAAAAAGCCCACAGAUGGGAGAAGACUUUUGAAUGCUCAGAGUGUGGGAAGAAAUUCUGUCAGAAUGGCAGUCUUCAAAAUCAUCUAAGAAGCCACACAGGGAAGAAGCCUUUUGAGUGCUCAGAGUGUGGGAAGAGAUUUAGUUACAGUAGCCAUUUUCAAACUCAUAUGAGAACUCACACAGGGGAGAAGCCUUUUCAAUGCUCAGAGUGUGGGAAGAGAUUCAGUCAGAGCGGCAGUCUUCAAAGUCAUCUAAGAACCCACACAGGGAAGAAGCCUUUUGAGUGUUCAGAAUGUGGGAAGAGAUUUAGUCACAGUAGCAUUCUUCAGGAACAUCGAAGAACCCACACAGGGGAGAAGCCUUUUCAAUGCUCAGAGUGUGGGAAGAGAUUCAGUCAGAAUGGCACUCUUCAAAGUCAUCUAAGAACCCACACAGGGAAGAAGCCUUUUGAAUGCUCAGAGUGUGGGAAGAGAUUCAGUCAGAAUGGAUGUCUUCAAAAACAUCUAAGAACCCACACAGGUGAGAAGCCUUUUGAAUGCUCAGAGUGUGGGAAGAGAUUCAGUCAGAAUGGCACUCUUCAAAGUCAUCUAAGAACCCACACAGGGGAGAAGCCUUUUGAAUGCUCAGAAUGUGGGAAAAGAUUUAAUCACAGUAGCCAUUUUCAAACUCAUUUGAGAACCCACACGGGGGAGAAGCCUUUUGAAUGCCCAGAGUGUGCGAAGAGAUUCAGUCAGAGUGGCAGUCUUCAAAGUCAUCUAAGAACCCACACAGGGAUGAAGCCUUUUGAGUGUUCAGAAUGUGGGAAGAGAUUUAGUCACAGUAGCACUCUUCAGGAACAUCGAAGAACCCACACAGGGGAGAAGCCUUUUCAAUGCUCAGAGUGUGGAAAGACAUUCAGUCGGAGUGGUGAUCUUCGAAAGCAUCUAAGAACCCACACAGGGGAGAAGCCUUUUGAAUGCUCAGAGUGUGGGAAAAGAUUCAGUCUGAGUGGCAUUCUUCAAAAUCAUCUAAAAACUCACACAGGGGAGAAGACUUUUGAAUGCUCAGAGUGUGGGAAGACAUUCAGUCGGAGUGGCAAUCUUCAAAAACAUCUAAGAACCCAUACAGGUGAGAAGCCUUUUGAAUGCUCAGAGUGUGGGAAAAGAUUCAGUCUGAGUGGCAUUCUUCAAAAACAUCUAAGAACCCACACAGGGGAGAAGAGAUUAAGUCAGAGUGGCAGUCUUCAAGAACAUCUAAGAACCCACACAGGGGAGAAGCCUUUGGAAUGUUCAGAAUGUGGGAAGAGAUUCAGUCACAGUAGCCGUUUUGAAAUUCAUUUGAGAACCCACACAGGGGAGAAGCCUUUUGAAUGCACAGAGUGUGGGAAGAGAUUCAGUCAGAAUGGCACUCUUCAAAAACAUCUAAGAACUCACAGAGGUGAGAAGCCUUUUAAAUGUUCAGAAUGUGGGAAGGGAUUCAGUCAGAAUGGCACUCUUCAAAGUCAUCUGAGAACCCACACAGGGGGAGAAACCUUUUAAAUAUGUUCAUAUGUUCAUAAAUACUCAGAGUGUGGGAAGAGAUUCAGUCUGAAUGGCAAUCUUCAAAUACAUCUAAGAACCCACACAGGGGACAAGACGUCUGAAUGCUGAGUGCAGAAGGAGAUUCCAUUAUUAUGGUCACCCUUGCAUCACAGGACUUUUCCGCUUACUCCAUUUUUUAAAACUGUCCUCCUAACAAGGGGGCAGUUCCUCCCCUCUGUGCUCUCUCAUGCAAAUUCUAACCUUGCUAGGCAAUGCUGCGAAGUCCAGCUCUUCACAGAAAAGAGAUUUACGAUCUAAUGUCACCCUGACCUCUUCCACUUUUGCUUCCUGUUGAUUAAAAGUUUCACUUUUUUGCUUCAGA